AUUUAGGCGCGUAGGGAAACUCAUUGCAUUGUCGGAUUGUCUGAUAAGAUACGGACGCGCUUAUCCACAUUCAUAGACGCGUUCAAUCAAAGCAGUUACAAUUUACGAAUCUCGAAUUAUACACCCUUUUUUUCAUGAUACUUUUUCAUCUUCUUAUUCCACCUCGCAUAAAUUCUAAGUAAUUAAAUCUCGGCCGUCGGAAUUUAUUUCGAUACUUACAAAAAGCCAUUGAAACCAUGGCAACAUAACGGGAAAUCAUGGAACCUCCUUCGAAGAGAUCGAAGCUUGGGCAAGCCCCUUAUGAUAAUGAUGACGAUGAUGACGAUGAUGGGAACAUAGAUGAGCUUUCUAUGAGCCCUACCCAGUUUAAUGCCAGGCAAGACCCUCUUUACCAAUUGGAUAAGAAAAGGGCCAAAGCGGCAACGAGACUAAAGUCGGCCUUUGAGCGUAUCUUUGAAAAAUAUGAGAGGGAUUUCACUGGCAUCGGUGAUGAGAUUGACCUUGAGACUGGGGAGGUGAUCGUCGAUAAUGGACACCUCUUAUCCCUGGAAGAUGAGAAGGAUCGUAAUCGGGAAGGUUCCGUGUUAAGCGACGAAGAAGGAGCUGCCAAAGUUGCCGAAGUUGCCAAAGGAAAAGAAGACCAGCUGGUAGAAGGCUUUGGACAUCAAUCUUUGUCAACAACUAUACCACCAACUAUGCCACCACUACAUGGUCCAAUACAUGGUCCAAUACACAGUCCUUCUCCAGAUCCAUACGCAGGACUCAGUCAACCUCCUAUGCCUGGUGGAUUCAAUUAUCCACUGCCAUAUCCUGGCAUGCAAUUGCAUUCAUUCGGCCUCUCUGAUCCGUUUAUGUUCGGCCCCCCCAUGAUCGGUAGCAGUUCUGUCGACCCGCUUUGGCAAACCCCAGAGCUCCCAUUACCUACCUUCUAUCAGGAUAGAUUUGGGUUCAUGGGCCAACCUAUGGGAUAUCACCAUCCACUUGGAUAUGGACCGUCGAUGGUGCCAGGGGGCUCAGGGGGCCCAGGGAGCUAUCAUAAUGCUUUCCUCGGUCCUCCCUUUCAGCAACAAGUACCGAAGAAUUUUCCUCAUGCAAAGACAACGAAACAGAAAGUCUUGCCUCGUCCGACGCCGGCUACUAAUGAUUCCGAAGAGGACGAUAUCUUGUCAGGAAACACUACACAGGAUACCACUGAGAUUACGACUAUCGAAAGGAGCAAAUCCUCCCCAUUGACAUCAGUAAUUAAGAAGCUAAAGCGAACGGACCAGAAGGAAACGGAGGUACACUCCGUGAAUGCAACUGAAAAGGGUUCACACAUCCAUCAGAAGCCACAUCGUCGACGACCGAGAAAGGCAGCCGUGUCCGCAGAGCAGUCAUAUUCUCCGAAAGAGAUAAUAUCGCCACCACCUUUGCUAGAGGAAGACUUCGCUAUAAUUGGGCAGGCAGCUGAAAGGCUAAGCCGAAUCGAGAUUUUAAUUCGGGCGAGGGGACCUGCCGAUGUUUUUGAGAAGUCAACCCGAAGUCGUGAGCCCAAAAGUCAUCAAAGCCCAACGACAGUCAAUCCAUCAAAUCCCCCCGAAGAUGUGGUCUUAGAAACUUCUGAUUCGUCAGCUCCAAAAGUAGAUGAAUAUAUAGAUCAUGCAGAGUCUGAGGCUACUCAGCAUGUAGAGGUCACCCAGCCUAUAGUAGGCGAAGAGCUCAAAGAAUUAAACGACAAAGAGCCUGUCAAUCAGGCUGGUAUUCCUACCCCGAAUGAAGAAAGCCAUGGUGACGAGCUACCGGUGGAUCACGAAGAUAUAAAUGAUCAGGAGAUUAUGAUAACCGGGAAUAUGAUAUACGAGGCUGAGAUAGGCAAUCUCCAUUCUAGCAUUGAUAAUUCUGGAGAGACAGAUUUCCUGUUUUCAAACCAUGAGGCCAGCACGUUAGCGACGGGAAUACCAACAGUUAGCAAAACACCGCCGGAUAGCGAGCCUGCAUCGCCUAGUAGCCUUUUGAAUGAGCCGAAACUACUCGAUAGCCUACCGGAUUUGGACCAGACCGAUCGAGGAAUCAACUUAGAGGAUGGUGGCUUGAAAGAUGCAAAGUGUGUAGAUCCUGCAUUAUAUGAUCUCAUGCACAGUGAGAUUCAGGACGCCUCCCAAGAAGUCCUGGAAAUUAAUCCCGCGCGGGGUAAUUCUCAUGAACUAACCCCGAUUCCCCCUGCAACAAUUAAGCCUGAGGAGACCAUUAACCAGUUACCCGAUCCUGUCCAAGAACUAGGAGCUAUGCCACCCUCCGCCUCACCUACUAUGGAAUUGGAACCCCUUCUUGAGCAUGCUACGGCCCAACCAGAUAUCGUGGAACAAGGUCCAGACCUACCGGACUCUCUUAAAGAGGGAGAAGUUGAACCUCCAGUUGCACAAGAACCAGAGAUACCGCCUCUACCACAAUUAAGUCCUUCCGCUGAGACGUCUCAGUUAGUCUUGCGACCCGUAGCUAUCCAAAGUGAACAAGGCAACGAAGUCGAACCAAUAGAUCUUCCAAACCCGCCGAAGAAACGUCCUUCUCCAGCUAAGAAAGCCACAUCCAAAACAUUAGCUCCCAGUACGCCAAAGAAACGUAGCAGAAUGUCAGCAACCGUCCAAAGCCCAAACAGCACCCAUCGUACACCUUCCUCUAGGAAAAGAUUCGCCCUAACAUCCCUUAUUCCUAACGACCCAACCCAGGACGACGACGAGUUAAGCAUUCUCUCAUCGAGCGUCCCUACAAGCCCAUUUUUCAUCCCUGAACAUGACCGUACCAUGACUUCUCGUCACCAUCACCGUCACCAUAAACAUUCAAACUCCUCAUCGCCGCGUAAACCCGACCGUCGCCACGGCUUCCUCAUCGGCUCCAACAAUACGACUACUAUUACUACUACCCCUCACCACCGCACGAGCAAACACCCAACCUUACCCCCCGCCACCGACUCCCGCGCGUUCCGCGGCACGAAGCGCACAUUCGCAGUGGCCAGCAGCCCCGUGGCGCAGAGCUCGCCUCUCGCGCGCACAGUGGUAAACGUAGAUAGCGUCGGUUUCCUCGCUUCUUCGCCGUCUAGGAGAGCGAAGAAGAUAGGAGGUGGAGGGGGGAGUAGAGCCAUGAGCCCGAGCGUCGUGAUGAGGAGUAGUGGUAGUAGUCCUGUGCGCGGUACGUCCGGUGGUGGCGGCGAGACGCGGAGGUGUGGCGAGGACGGGUUCGUGUGUGAUCGCGAUUUCUGCUUUACGUGCUGCAAAUAAGGCACAUAGACUACGGGAGGGUGAUUGGAACGAUGGGGUCGGAUAUAGGUACCUAGGUUAGGUAUGUGAGGUAGAUAAACCUGGCUUUUGAGAUGGGUCGGUGGUGAUAAUGAUAAGAGAUGGAACAGAAGUAUAUUAGGUGCUAUAUACCUUAUAUAUAUAUAUAGCUAGGAAACCUACAUAGCUAGCUAGCUAGUUAGCUGAAGGGAGCUGGUGGCUUCGCCUAGAAUUAGAGUAUGGGCAUAGCUACCCAACCUAGGUAAGCCAGUAAUAACAAGACUACAGGUAUAACAUAUACCUGGUACCUACUAGACUUCAUCUUCGCUGUGAUAUGAGGUAGUUAGUACAUUGUAGUCAUGAUCAUAUACGAUAUAAAAGGAGGUACCUAACCUACGAAGUAGUACGG